AUGCUGCUUUCCGCGUCCGGCUCUGAGGAGUUCGAUGUCGAAGGGGAGGGGCUUUCCACCUCAGAACGGCCGAUGCAAUCAGGCGCGUUCGAGGAGCUCCUCGUGGUAAUAACUUGGGCUGUUGAGAAGUUGAAUUUAGAUUGGCCUGAGGAGGUAGUUGGUGUCGCCCAAUCUAAGCUGGACGACCGCUUUCUCAGUUCAGGCCAUCAGCCACCUGCACGCAGGCAAUACAGUACUUCCUCUUCUGAGCAUCCUUAUAAUGCGAGCAAAGCUGCCUGUCAGUCCCAGAUCCACUCCACUGCUACUUGUGCCAUCAUGCCACUUACAGCCCACUGCUCACUCCUGCUGGCAGUAACUGCCUUCUGCUGCUUUGUCACCGUGUUUGCCUUCCCUAUGGAUGGCUUUGCCCCGGAUAACCAGUGCCGCUGUUUAUACACCACAAGUGAACGCCUCAACAUUCGACUGUUUCAAAGAAUUGAGAUUGUACCUGCUGGGUUAAACUGUCGCAACACUGAAGUGAUAAUCACCAUGAGGCAGAAAAAAGUAGUGUGUGUGGAUCCUGAGGCAGACUGGGUCCAAAGAUUCAUCGCUAAAGUUGUUAAAAGAGAAAUGGCACAAUGAACUGAGAAGUGGCACCUCUGGAACCUGAGGAAAUUUUCUCUUCACUCAAAAUGAAACCAAGCUCAGAUCAUAAUGUGAAAAAGUCAAGUUUAUGCUGAUGAAAUUUUACUGAAAGUUUUAUUCAUUUACUUAUUAAAAUGGUUUUAAUUUGAUAUACUGAAUAAAAUGCAUUAAAAUGA